AUGGCGCCUCCAACUACGAUUCGCAGUAGGGACCAAGCCCUUGCACCGUUAAUGGCACUGGACUCUCAAGCUAGUUGCCAGCUGAAAGAGCUUGUGCAAUGGGAGUGUCAAUUCAAAGGAGCAGACUACGUCUGCUCUCCCUUUAAGAGGCUCUUUGAACACUGUGUAGAACAUGGCAAACCAGCGACUAACUACGAGGUUACGGAUACAUACACCAAUAGUUAG